UGGAGCGCAUGCGCUUCGUGUGUAUUCCCGGAAGUAGGCGCGCAGCACAUGUCCUACUAAAUCAACCUUGGAAAACCCUCACAACAAUUAACUCCUUGCCAAAUUUUUGCCGCAAGACCAUGCCAGUAACGAGACUGUGUUAUCCUUUUUACCAGCUUGGUAACCCGCAGCUGAGACUCUUCAGACCCAAUUGGUUCUUGACGCUGGUGAGACCCGGAAGAGAGCAACCGCCUGACACCGUCCAGUUCCGCGUUCCCAUGGUGAUGACAAAGUAUGACAUCAAAAACUACCUGGAGAAGAUCUAUAAUGUUCCAGUGGCAGAAGUGCGCACCAGGAUACAGUUUGGUUCCAACAAGAAGAGGAAUCACCUUAACCAGAGAGUCAAGAUCCCUGACUACAAAGUGGCCUAUGUUCAGCUGGCGGAAAAGCAGACGUUUUCCUUCCCCGAUAUCUUCCCGGGGGCCGGGAGCGCGUCGGCGCCGGCCGAGGGUCACUUGGAAGAGAUGCAGGAGAAGCUCAUGGAGGACGAGAAGCAGCGGCAGAAAGCCGACCCCAGGAGGGGCGGAGUCAGCGACUGGUUCGGACUCUGAACGUCCAAUCGCGCUUCAGUCGAAAGGAAGAUCUCGUUCCGUCAGUGGCAGGCAAUGAGUUGGUAGCCUUUUCAAACUAUUGUAUUUAUUUCUAUUUUUGACAUGUAUAUUCACUUUUUUUGAAUGAAAAAAAAGUACUUGCUUAUUUUAUUUUGGAAUUAAUAAAAGGAUAAAGCAGUAAAUAUCGUCACA